CAUAAAUCAAUUCGGCUGUGUGGAGGUAGAUGUUUCGCUUCAUCCUCAUGAAAAUUACAUCACGAUUCAAUGACUUCAUUGGUAAUUCAGCUUCACAGAACAGCUCCAAAGCAGUAGCAAUGUAUACAUUAAUGUGGUGUACAUUAACCAAUAUGACAACUGGUCACACCAGGAUGAUUGAUAUACCGAGUUGUUUUGGGAUUUUGGAUUCCUGGACUAAUGCGAAUUUCUUCUACCUCACAUUUUCCUCCUUUAACCCAGCCUUCACACUGAGAACACCCGAUCACGGAAUCCCACUAAGCGCGUAUCAAAGCAAGCGGGCUGGAACGUGUGCGAUCGCAGUGCAGGUACCUGCGAACAAAGCACUAGAAACUAUAUCUGUCUACCUCAACAAAGCUAACAUAGAUCCUGUUGUUGCACAUACAAACACACGGCUUAAGCUGUCUUUUUUCUAUCACAAUCUAAAGAGUAACUUCGAACCACUACUGGACCUCAUAUUGACCGCGGAGAAUAGAGCGGAUGAGAAUGUCCAAAUUCCACGCUGGCCAGGACCUACUAACACCAUCUACAUAUCAGUGGGCCCAGAUGUGGAAGACAUAGAUGUACUAGUGCACUUAUCAAUUACCAUAACGCCGGUGUACCGAUGCUUAUACGAGGAAUACACCUCGAGAAAGGCUAUGGUCGCCGUUAGAAGAAACAGCCAGUGGGAAUACGCGCUGAAAUUUCACACUGAUUACUUGUUAUGCAUCAAACAGACUGAACAACCUCCAAGUCCGAUUGGAUUAUGCAUCGCUCGCACCCUGCGAUGCGACGGACAAAACAACUGUCCCCCAACGAAGGAACUUCCAAUGUCAUAUGCAGACGAGCCAAAAGACAGGACAAUGUGUGUAUCACCGAAACGUAUACGGUCAUACAAUUGGAAAAUUGUGUAUGGUAUAUGCGCCGCAUUCUUCUCGUUAUGCAUGGUGUUCACAUUGAUAUUUUUAUCAACAGAGAAGAAAUCGGUUUGUUGCAAACGGAUAUGGUUGUGGCUGCAGAAACGCAGACGCCUCAGUGACACGUGGAGCACACCCACCGAUUCUGACUUACCGAUGGCGCCUCCGCGAUACCAAUCAGUCGAAACAAUGCCACCGAGCAAAAACGCGAUAUGCGCGUUGUGCUCAAAAUCACCCAAACCAGUGUAUUAUUAUGAAUCCCCACCGUCGUACACAAGAGAUGCCGUGGAUGAGACCGGUGUCUCACCAACCUUCAUACGGCGCUUUUACAACAGACAUAAACGACGUAGAAGACUACUCGACGUUAGGGGACAAAACACAGUCUCUCCACUGUUGAAUAACCACACAAUAGCAGUGUCUGAUGUCCAAACAGAGGAAGUUCGUUCACUCGAAUCGUGGGAGGAUGUGUACGACCAAAUUGAGGUUGGUCAUGCAGCUGAAUCACCAACCAAUCAGAAUGUGCUCAUAGAAAAUGCAAACAGGAACGAGGAAGAGCCGCCGUACACCCCUUCAAACGCAUAGACAGGACUCAUAGAAAUAGCCAAUGCUUGUAGUAUGUACAUAUGUAUAAUUGUUCCUCUUACUAACAUUGGUACAAGUGACA